AUGUCCCGCACAAUCGAUCCUAUUCUAACCGCCCAACCUCGUGAAACAGAUAUCUUCCCAGUCAGCAGAUCCCUUGAUUCGGCGUUGAAGAAAAACACGGCGUUCAUCAAGCGUCUACGUACCGGAAUUAAUGCCUCCGCUCAGCAAACGUUCCUGACCGAUAUCCGCACCCUGUCGCUCCACAAAUAUCUCUCAGAAAUCAUAUCCGCAUGCUAUGAAGGUCUAUGUAAACUGAAGUCACCUGGAGAAAUCGCCACAGGUGUGGAAAUCACAAGUGCACUGCACCAGCGGUUCGGACCGGCUGAGUUCACGAGACAAAUUGGGUGGCUACUGGGGCGAGGACUGAGCACACCGGACAAGGGCCAACUGAAGGCACUCAGCCAGGAGGUGCGCGAGCGGGAAGAAAAAGAACGCCUAUCCAGACAUCGGGUCUUGCUGAGAGUGGCGACAGAACUCUGGUUGGUUGGAGUGCUCAGAACCCUGGACGAUAUUGAACGACCGGAGGACCUGGGUGCUAAGGGCAAAGACGGCGUUGUUGGAAUAGGUGGUAAGGCGUCUGAAAAUGCAGUCAAAGCUAAGGCGGCCCCAUCGGCCGUUCGAGACAGUGAUAAGGAAGCGGAGCCGUUUCCUUUGGAAGUGUUGAAGGAUCUCUUGGGCCAUGACCGUGACCACACCAAUUUGCCACUCGCCGUUCUAUUCGUAAAGAGCUUCAGCUGGGAUAUCCUUGGAGUGAAGAUCAUCGAGGAAGGAAGGAAGACCGUAGAGGGCGAUGGAGCGACAGCCUCUAGCACCCCUGCAGAAGCCACAAACGGCGAGGAGAGCCCGGGAGACAUGACAACUGCGGAGAACGACCCACCUCUCACCCCAGAAAAGAUCCAAUCUCGCUUCAAGAGCAUCCUUAAUCGGUACUUGGAAGAUGUCAAGGCCCACGUUGUUCGUGACCAAAGAGCGCUGGCAGCCCAGAGUCGCCGUAACGCGGAGGCUUAUGUCAAGAGUGGUGAGAUCUUCGAGGAUCGCCAAGCGAACUUUGAGAAGCAAAGCAAAUCUCUGGAAAAAUUGGUCGCCAAUACGCAGGUCUUGUGCGAGGCUCUAGGGGCGGAAAUGCCCGCCUUAGCUGAGCAGGAAUCUGCCGACCCUGCUUCAAGCGGCGGAAUUGGGCUUGUGAAAACAUCCGAAUACCUACGCGGGCAGGGUGAAGGUGCUGGUAUCUGGGAAGAUGAAGAAGAAAGACGGUUUUAUGAGAAUCUGGUUGACCUCAAAGGCAAAGUUCCAGCUGUUCUACUCGAGGAUGGCAAGAAAAAGAAGCCAGAGUCCGAUGAAGCAGCGAAAAAGAAAGACGGCGAGAAUGUCCCUGAAGCAGGUGGGGAAAAGUCUGAACCAGGCCAAAGCCAGCCAGCGGAAGACAAGACCACCACGGACGCAGACGAUCAGUCUAUGGCCAUCGCAAGCAAGACCGUUGGAGCCCAAGUAGACGCGCUUCUGGCCAAACUGCCCGAUCUACAGACGAAGGACCAUGUCGAUCAGUUGGCACUAGAUUUCUGCUUUCUAAACUCCAAAGCGUCCAGAAACAGGCUCGUCAAGGCCGUGUCAGAUGUCCCUAAGGGACGUAUCGACCUGCUGCCUCUGUACUCGCGCCUGGUCGCUACACUCGGGCAGUAUCUACCGGAUAUUCCUCAAGGCUUGACCACGUAUUUGGAUGAGGAGUUCCGAAGUCUUCAACGCCGGAAGUCUAAGGAGUUCCUCGGACAGGUUCGGAUGAGUAACGUGCGCUAUCUCGCAGAGUUGACCAAGUUUGGUGUGGUCCCCGAGCAUAUUAUCUUUCACUGUUUCAAGGUCUCACUUGAUGAUUUUUCGCGCAUGAAUAUUGAGAUUAUUGGCCACCUCCUGGAGAACUGUGGAAGAUAUCUGCUUCGCAACCCUGAAACCUCGCCCCGAAUGGCAUCAUUCUUGGAGACUCUUGGAAGAAAGAAAACCGUUCAGCACCUGGGCCAACAAGAGCGGAUGAUUAUUGAGAACGCCGUUUAUUAUGUUGACCCACCACCUCGGCCUGCGAUCCAGCAGAAAGAGCGUACUCCCAUGGAGUCUUACAUCCGGAGACUUAUCUAUCUGGAUAUGAAUAAGCGCAAUUACACCAGAAUUUUGAAGUCCAUCCGAAAGCUUCACUGGGAAGAACAGGAGGUUGUCGAUAUUCUAGAGCGUGUCUUUAGCAAACCAGUGAAGGUGAAAUAUGGUAAUAUACACCUUCUCGCUAUCCUGGUCAGUGCUCUCUAUAGGUAUCACCAGGACUUCGUCAUUGGUGUCGUCGACAAUAUCCUUGAACAGAUUACACUGGGGCUUGAACAGAACGACUUCAAGUUCAACCAGAAGCGUGUUGCUGAAGUCAAAUACCUUGGAGAGCUGUAUAAUUAUAAAAUGAUCGACUCGCCUGUCAUUUUCGACACCUUAUACCGGAUUGUUACGUUCGGUCACGAGGGCGGCACACCGGUUCCGGGAAAGCUGAACCCGUUGGAUCUGCCGGAUGACUUCUUUCGGGUUCGCCUGGUUUGCACCCUCUUGGAUACAUGCGGUCACUGCUUUGACCGUGGCUCUGCCAAGAAGAAAUUGGAUUUCUUCUUGACCUUCUUCCAGUAUUAUAUGACUACGAAGGAUCCUCUGCCGAUGGACAUUGAUUUUCUUGUGCAAGAUACCUUCUCAAUGACUCGUCCUCAAUGGAAAUUGGUCACCGACCUUCAAGAGGCUACGCGCAUCUUUGGCGAAGCUGUAACCCAGAACUACAAAACCCAAGAUGCUGAUAGGCCUGCAGAACCGGAUGAGGAUGAUGCAGAAAGUAGCUCAUCUGACGACGGUUUUGAGGAUGAUGUCAUGCCGGAGGUGGAAGAGGACGGAGAGUCCAGCGACGAAGCUGAAGCAUCGGGCCCGAAUAUCGAACAAAACGGUGACAGUGACUCUGAAGACGAACAAAUCUUCGUUACACGCCAGGAGGAGGAACGUGACCCUGAGGCCGAAGCUGAGUUUGACCGCGAGUUUGAGAAGAUGAUGGCAGACAGCAUGGAUUCCCGAAAAUUUGAGCGCAAAGCUGUGUUUGAUAUUCCUCUUCCCAUGAAACGAGUUGCUCGUGAUGCAGCGGGCGAAAACGCUCCCGAGAAUCCUCAACCGCAGCCAAGUACCAUGGCUUUCUCUUUGAUGACCAAAAAAGGAAACAAGCAACAGACUCGCACCAUCGAUUUGCCGUCUGAUUCAAGCUUUGCAGUUGCCAUGAGAAGCCAGCAGCAAGCUGAUCGAGAAGAACAACAGAGAAUCAAGAGCCUGGUUCUUAAUUACGAGAUGUCUAACGAAACAGACCCCGCCGAAGCCCUUGAAAAACGCUCCCCUCGCGAUGCCAGGGUUGACAAGUCCGGCGGAAACCGGUUGGCGUUCCGUUCUCGGAAAUUACAGCUGAGCGAUGUGAACUGGUAA